AUGGCGUACGAAUAUGUGGUGCGGGCCAAUCUGAGUCAUGUAGAGGUUGCCGAAUCUGAUCUGUUAGGUCAAACGAUGCCUGGCAUGUCGAGUGUGAAAAGCUUCACAAGCUGGGGCCAAGAGCCUGCAGUGACCAGAGAACAAGCAACACGGGAUCAAAACGUGACGCUUCCCAGGACGCUACCACAAAAAAUCGCUCCUCGGCGUCGGAAUGUUCCUGAGCAUCACGUUACACCACUGCUCAAACGAUCGACAGCCAAAGAGCUUCAGGUUGCGCGAAAUAUUGUGAAAAAGGCGCUUGCCGACUCGGCGAGACUGAACAAGGCACGUGUGGCUCAUCCGCUCCGCAACAACUAUGGCUUGAAGCCCGGAACUGUUGUGGGUGGAGGUCACGGUCCAGGUGAGCAAAGGAUUGCAUCCAUCAAACAGGAUGUAGAGGUACCGCCGCUUUUGGAUAUCACGGAUGAGAUUGCGGCAGCCGCAGCCCUUGUGGCUGAGGCCGAUUCGGUGGGUGGAUGGAAGAAUGUCACGAAGCGUGCGGCUACAGCAAGCACCGGGACAUAUUGGAUGCAAGGUCUCGAUCGCAAAGGCACAGUACCUUGGGGAGAUGAACCCACUUACGCUAUCUUCAGAAAUGUGCUCAAUUAUGGAGCUGUGGGAGACGGUAUUACGGAUGACACAAAAGCCAUUAACAGGGCUAUGGGAACAAACAGCACCCGAUGUGGCAAAGGAUGCAAUGGGUCGACCACCAAGAACGCCAUCGUAUAUUUCCCCCCUGGCACCUACCUUGUAUCCUCAACCAUACCCCUGCCCUUUGGAACACAGGUUAUCGGUGAUGCUAACAACAGGCCAACCAUUGUCGCUGCUCCGAGCUUUGUUGGUCUGGGUGUCUUGUCCACGGAUGAGUAUACUGGGGAAGAAGGGAAAGGCAUUGAUGGCGGUGACCCUCAAUACUAUGUCAACACCGCCAAUUUCUACCGUCAAAUUCGAAACAUAGUGAUAGACAUCCAAAAGGUCACUUCAGGAACCUUGGUUACCUGUCUCCACUACCAAGUCGCGCAAGCCACAAGUCUUCAGAACGUCGAGUUGAGAGCAGCACCUGGCUCGUCCCAGAUAGGGCUUUACGCGGAAAAUGGCAGCGGUGGAGGCAUUUCCGAUGUCACUUUUACCGGAGGUGGAAUAGGUCUCAAAGGCGGCGAGCAGCAGUUCACGGCGCAACGCCUCAAGUUCAAUGGAUGCACAGUGGGAAUCCAAGUCAUCUGGGACUGGGGAUGGGUAUGGAAGUCCAUUACCAUGAAUAAUGUGAAGACGGGAUUCAAGCUCGUCGGAGAUGGUGGCGUCGGCAAUAUCGGCUCUGUCUCGAUCAUGGACUCGUCAUUUACCAAUGUCGAGACUGUUGUCAUCGUCAAUCCCAUAACAGCAAUUCCGGGAAAGGGAAGCACUGGGAUCGCACUUGAAAACAUUGCUCUCUCAGGUGUCUCUGUUGCUGUUGCUGACACGACUGGAGCCACGCUCCUUGCCCCUUCGCCUGUGAUUGACCAAUGGGUCGUUGGACCUGUCUAUGAAGGAUCGACGACUGCUCGUUCUUUCUCCAUGGGCGGGAAAGUUGGAAACUAUCGAAGGCACUCGACACUUUUGGAUCCCCAAGGCAACUACUUUGAACGCCCCAAGCCUCAGUACGAGGACCAAGCAACUUCCAUGUUCAUGCAUACAAAGGACCUCGGGUGUAAAGGUGAUGGCUCUACCGACGACACAUUGGCAUUCCAGGCGGCGCUCUACGCAAGUUUGGGCAAGAUCCUUUUCGUCGACGCCGGAUCAUACAUUCUCACCUCGACUAUCACUAUCCCUCCUGGAGCCAAGAUCGUGGGUGAAGCAUGGUCGCAGUUAGUUGCGUCGGGCUCAUAUUUCUCCGAUGCCAGCAAUCCCAAGGUCUUGAUCAAGGUUGGAAAUGCUGGAGACAUUGGCAACGUGGAAAUGCAAGACCUCUUAUUUACGACACGGGGUGCAACAGCCGGUCUUAUUGUCAUCCAAUGGAACAUCCAAGCUGCUACACAGGGUUCCGCCGGGCUCUGGGACUGCCACGUCCGCAUCGGAGGUGCGACCGGGACGAAGUUGACACCCGCAGAGUGUCCUCCCAUCACUAGCGGCGUAAAUGCAGGCUGCUCGGCCGCUAGUCUGAUGAUGCACCUUACGUCCUCGGCGUCAGGUUACUUCGAAAACAUGUGGCUUUGGGUAGCUGACCACAUGAUUGAUGACCCGGAUCUUGUCAGCACAAACAAUAGCAUGGUGCAAACAUCCAUCUAUGUUGCCCGUGGCUUUUUGAUUGAGAGUACAAAGCCCACCUGGCUUUAUAGUACUGCGUCAGAGCACGCAGUGUUCUAUCAGUAUAAUUUCCAUUCGGCAGCGAACAUAUUCGCUGGUAUGGUGCAGACCGAAUCACCGUACUUCCAACCGACUCCUCCACCACCAUCACCUUUCGCUGCUGUUGUUGGCCUUUUGCCAGGGGACCCGGAUUAUACAUGUGCGGCCGGAAAUGAGUUAAAUGGUUGUGAUCAAUCUUGGUCCGUGGUCAUGACAGGUUCGGAAAACAUUUUUGUUGCUGGUGCAGGCAUCUACACCUGGUUCUCGACCUAUGCGCAGACCUGCAUCGAUCUGCAGCUAUGUCAAAAAGCACUUGUGCUUCUUAAAGACAAUUUGGCCAACGUUCGCUUCCAGAAUCUUGUCACCAUCGGCGCAAAGUACAUGGCGGUCAUGGACGGCAAAGGCAUUCCAGCCAUUGACAACCUCAACGUUGACACGCACCCCAGUUGGUCCCAAGUUAGCAUUCUCGACGUUGGCAGUAACGGCACCACCAGAUUUGAUGAAGCUCUUUGGAUCGACCCCGCGAUCUGGGACAUGGAUGAGCCAAAAUUCACUUGCUCUCCUCCGUGCAAUGUCAAGUUGCCACCAUGGAAAGGUGCAACCAGCACUGUCCACUAUCCGCUGAUUACCGUCAGCCAAGGAACCUGGACGAGCACCAUCACCCAGGCGCCCUUGACCAUUACGGAAUGGGUGCUUGAGCCGGUAACAAUAACUCGGGAUGCCGGUGCCGUCAACAACAACAACAACAACAAGCGUGAUGCUGGCGUGGAGAUAUGGCCCGUUCCGGCAACAACACCUUUCUGGCCUGCUGUUCUUUACAGGGGUGACGACGGGGAGAUAUCCACAACAUCUGCCACUGGUACCUUUCCCAAGCCUGCGGCAACGCCACUUUCCGGAAGCUGGCCCAAAAAAGCUGUCCGAGCAGUUUGGGGUUGGCCCGAAUACCCAACGGUGGAUGAAUGUGAUUUCCUAGACUUCAACUGUGUCCCCAAGCCAUGGUUCGGGGAUACUGUAGGAGAUCCAGGCGGCGAUGACUUCUACAACGAGAAUGCCGCGGAACUGCGAACCCUCUGUCCCGAACAAAAGUCCACAUCUUCCACUCCUCCCAAGCCAACAACCACCAAGAUCAGUCCGACGGUAGCCGUGCCUAUUCCCGCCCCUGUCUACCAGACAGGCGACCCGCGGUUGAACUCGAAAAAAUGCCUCAAGGGUGAACAGACUGAGGGGGCUCGGAUGCGCAACGCCACGUCCAGAUUCUGCGACGACAUUGCCCGCAUGGACCUUAUAACGGGAUUCAACUUCGAGAAAGAGUAUCCUUUUGAGUAUAACGGUGGCAUUGGCUACGUUGCUAUCGCCGUGUCGCUGAGGAUAAAAGACAAGUGCAAGUUCAACUACUCCAAAAGCUUAUGCCAAAGGUACUUGGCAGUGCCAACGGAUAGUUGUGACUGUAAUGGAGUCAAUGGGAAGCAAGGAGGUUUAGUGGAGAAUAAUUGUUAUAAGUGGAGGGUUGACCCUAACCGUCGGUUCUGUGGGCUAAAUGACAAGAAUGUUGUAUGCCAAGGGUAA